AUGUGCACAGUCACGUAUUUCAAGCACAAAGAAUGCAAGCACACCUGGGUUAUCCUCACAGCACCCUGCAGACCAUUCAUGGGCCUCAACAACUGCCCGACCUUCUGCGAUGGCACAGCCAAGGACGAGCCCAAGUUCUUCAACACCAAAAGUCGACCUUGUCCUCGAUGCCAGAUGCACGGCGUCUACGACCGUAACUUGGUACGCAUGGUGGAGAGUAUGGGACGGGGCAUCAAAUGGGGUGUUGGGCCUGAUGCAGAUGAUUGGGGGUGUGAGGUGAAGUGCGUGAUUCUUUGA